AAUGGCGCUUCACCACAUAUCCACGAAAAAAAGCACACACCGCAUCGAAACCAAUUACUGAAGGGGCAAAAACUAGUUGAAUUUCGCGGUCUUGUUGGAGGACGCGAUGAAACUGCUUCACAUUUCAUUCUUCCAAGU